AUGAAAUCAUUCGGACUAACUUUGAUUAAUAAAUUAAAUAAAAAUUCAACUAAUGCUAAAACACAGAUUGACUAUUGCUUCGCUAAUGUGAAUUGUUGGAAAUGUGAUUAUUUUGAAAGUCUAACAAGUUUUCAUAAGCCAUUAUGGAUAAGAAAACAUGAAAUUGACGCACAACUUCAUGUCGAUGAAAACGAACAGAUUCGUACAGACAUGCCUUUGAAUCUUGGAGAGCUUAGCAUUGAUGAUUGCUCUGAUGUGAUGGACAUCGACGACCAAUCUUCUUUCGAACAAACUCAUACAGAUAUAUCUUUUAAUAUUAAGGAUUUUCGCAUCGAUGAUCAACCAGAGAUAACGGAAAUUGAUGAACAAUCUUCUUUUGAAAAUUUUGAAAUGACUGAUGAAGAAAAUGAUCAAAUCCAUACCGAUAUAUCUUUUAACUUGAAAGAACUUAAAACUGGUGGCCUACGUGCUUCAACGAUAUUUCACGAGAAAUCUCCUAUCGAAACUUACGAAAUUGUUGAUUUAACCCUUUCAAUCCCUCAACACAAGAUGGAUAAAUGGAUAGCAGAUAGCAUUGAUCAAGAAAUUGAGGAUGGUCGUGCGAUACGCAAUAAUUAUAAUCAAUCUCGACGCUUAUCACGAAUGCAAACCUUCAAUAUGAACAAGCAUGUCGCUUCAUCUCGAGAAGAUCAUCUGUCAUUUGAAGGUCUAUGUACUCAUAUGGAUGACGAACCUAUGGAAGUUAAUGAAACUUCAAGCGUGUUGUCUAAUUAA